UUACCUAUCAAUGACUGGUCCUCUUGAACACAAUCAUGGCGGCUGCUACGGCAGAAGAUACGCUACGAGAAGUUUCCAAGGAAGUUAAACAGUACACCUUCACACCAGAGCCCAUUCCGAGACUCAGUUGUACAGAUCCUAAGGCGGAGAAGUUAAUUGCUAAUGAACAACCUGUCAUCUUAACGGAUACGGACCUGGUGAAGUCCGCACUCCACUGGAAUCUGGACUACUUGGGGUCAAACAUCGGCGAGGGUACUUACACCGUAUACUCCUCAAGCAACCACAAGUUCCUCUACUUUGAUGAAAAGAAAAUGAGUUAUGUGCCUGGUUUUGUCCCACCCACAAAACACAUGGAUCUGACCUUUGAUGAAUUUAAGAGCAAAGUAAACAGCAGCAGCCCUGGCUCUGAAAGGUACUACCUGCAGCAGGCCCUGAAUGACUCGGUGGACCAGCGGAUCGUCAUGGACUUCAUGGGCUUCAACUGGAACUGGAUCAUGGAGCAGCAGAAGAAGUUCAAGUGGGGGCAGCUCACCUCCAACCUCCUGCUCAUAGGCAUGGACGGUGUCAUCACGCCAGCUCACUAUGAUGAACAACAGAACUUCUUCGCUCAGAUCCAGGGCUUCAAACGUUUCCUGUUGUUUGAACCGUCCCAGUUUGAAUGCCUCUACCCAUACCCUAUUUUCCAUCCUCAUGACAGACAGAGUCAAGUUGAUUUUGACAACCCUGACUUCAAGAGAUUCCCUAAGUUCAGAGAUGUGAAAGGCCACGAGGCAAUUGUCGGACCCGGGGACGUCCUGUACCUGCCUGUGUAUUGGUGGCACCAAGUGGAGUCAGUGCCAAAUAGGGGUGUUACUGUGUCGGUCAACUUCUGGUACAAGUCAGCCCCCACUGAGAAAGUUGUGUACCCACUGAAACCUCAGCAGAAGGUCGCCAUGAUGAGGAACAUUGAGAAGAUGAUCACAGAUGCCCUCAAUGAUGCUGACGAGGUUCCUCCUUUUUUAAGAACAAUGGUGCUGGGAAGAUACACAUGAGACACCCUUACCACCAACCAUAGAUCAGCUCUAUUUAUCACCAUCAUCAUAAAUCACCUUCAUCAAGCUGUCAUUCAAUCACCUGUUUGUUGAUCACCUCUUGACAUGUUGGAACUAUCUGUUAGGCCACAGUUGAUUGGUUUUACGGUUUUGGAAUCGGAGCCAAAGCCUUGAUCAUACAAUAAAAAUAGUUUCAAUUAUUUUUAUAUACCCAGCAGCUCCAUCUUUUAUUGAUUAUUAAAAUGAUUGAUUAUAAAUUAGAAAAGAUAAUAUUAUGUUAAGGAUGGUGGAAUAGCAAAGUAGAUAAAGCAUUUGCUUUUUACAUAGAAGACCUGGAUUAUAUUCAUAUGGGUACAAUGUGUGCCAAAAUGCUGGACGUACUGAGAAGUGUACACAAAGUUGAGAUGCUAGUGUUACAUUAGGCUUGCUCCUCGCCUCUCCCAAGACGGACAGCUUGAAGGAGUGGUCAAGUUCAGGCAAAAUGGCAGUUCGAGCGAGUUACAUUCAAGUCUCUUAAACACUGCUUUGUAUGCUGACGCAAAAUUAUUGACAGUUAAACAGUUAACAAUGGCCCUAAUUUCACAUAAUCAAUAGCUCCAUUUCUCACGUGUUGCUAGUUACAUGGUCUAGACCUAGAUUGGAAAGCAGGACAUAGUCAUUCAUUAAUGUCAACAGACGAGGAUUCUGAUAGAACAUAACAGUGCCCAUUUAACACUUGAUUUUCAUGCCUUCUGAAAAUUAGGCUGCAGUGUUUGUAGUUUACCAGUCCUGGAAGUGUCAUGCUAAUUGUUUUACAGUGUUUACAUUGAAAGAGAAUUACACAUUGUAAUUUUUGUCUGGAACACAGUAUAUAAAAUAUAAUCACCUUGAUUCCUACACCAUUUUUUGUGGUGGACACUCCAUAUGUUGUGAGGCCCACUGUUACUGGAACAGUUGUCACAUUGCAAAAUUAGCCAGUCUUUAGGUAAACAGUCCCAUGUGCUUGGCUUUGACCCCUCAAUUUUCGACAUACCCUGAUGUUUUGCUGUUAUUGUUGUUGUUUAAAAAGGAGUUUAUCAGUUUAUCAAUCGGAAUGUUUGUUUUUGUGUUGCAUAAAGGAAUUAACCAAACGUUUCUAAAACAAUAUUUCAUAAUUUGACUUAAUUUGAUUUAAUAAGUCUUUUUGUUUAAAAUUGUGAUGUUUUGCUGUGGACUCUAUGUUAAUACAGUGAAACCUCUGUGCUUCUAACUGCAUGAACUUGAUAAAUUGCUUGAGACAAGAGAGUCCUACCUUUUUUAAAUUAUUUAAAUCCACUUUAGUCAAAUUGAUGAGUUGAUAUUUUUUGGAUAAUACAAAAGAAGCAGAGAGGCAUGUGCCUCAAAUAUACUACUUAAAAGAAGUUAAAAAAGACACCCGUUUUUUUCAUAUUACUAAAGUAUAAUCUGUCAUUGCCAUGACUGGUUAACUAUAGUUAAAUGAGGGUGGUGGGGUAGCCUCAAAGUUAAAGUAUUCACAGACUGAGGGCCUGGGUUUAAUUACCGACAUUUGUACAAAGCAUAAAGCCCAUUUCUGGUGUACCCAUCUUGUUGGAAUAUUGCUAAAAGCUGCGUAAAACCACACUAAAACUCACUAUAGUAAUAUGAAAGUAUCGUGUGUUUUUUACUUGUUUUGAGUAGUAUGCAUUUCACUGUAUGAGUAGUUGUUUUGUUAGUAGUAUGCAUAUGUUAUGAUUGUUAGCGAUGUGUAUGUAGCAAUUAAUCCUUGUUAUAUUGCUAUGUAGUCAUGUAUUCGGCUGAUACUUUCCAUACUUAGAUGCUGAAGCUUACAAGAUUUCACUGGAUUAUUAAAUAUAUUUUCAAUCUGAUUAGUAAACUAAUUCAUGAAAUAAAACUAACAAGCCAUGUAAGUUUCAACAGAAGAUUACUACGGACAUAUUUAUAUAGGAGCUCUGGUAUUUUCUUAGCUCACUUGGACCGAGGGUCUGUUGUCAUAUUUUUUUACAAGUGUUCAUUCAACACAGAAGACCGCCAUGGCAAUCAUAAUCGAAAAUAGUGUCCAUGUGAUCUUGAGCAUCUGAAUUUUUCACUUUUGUCAUGUAUUUUGGCAUGAAGGUAAAAGUUUGUGAAAAAAAUUCAAAUUCGAAUUUGGGAUUAGGAAUUUGAUUGUUUUAGUCUUUGUAAGUAUUAGUUUUAACUCAAAGUGUUUUAGACAUACCGGUAAAUACAUGGUUAAUUGUUUGUUUGUGGAACAAUAAGAAACUAUUGCCCACGCUGGGUAAUAAUCCUACUGUGACUACAAUCACUGCAAGGUGGUGAUCAACUAUAUAGGAGUACAAACUUUGAUGUUCACAGAAAUUGUAAAGCGUUCAUCAGUGUGGCAAUGGAUACAUGCAAAAGUUGUUCCUCUUGUUGACAUUUUAAGAUGAUAAAAAUUAAUGUACUCAGGUGAGCUACAAUGCCAUGGUCUAUUUUGUCCAUUUCAAGUAAAACCUCCAGCUUUUCUGGUCACAUGUUUGCGAGUUGCUUAUCCCCUUAUAUCUAUUGACAGUGCUUUAGAAAACCAAAUGCCGCUUUUCUUUGAAACAACUGUUGAAAAGUAUUAAAAGUGGGUCUGCUGUUACCAGAAUCUGUCACCAUGGUUACUUUUUCCUUGUUUCAUGUUCUUGAAAUAUAGAGCAAUGUCAUUUUGUUUUAAACUAUUUUGAGAAGCUUGAAUUUUGUGCCGAAGUCAGGAACAGGGUCCUUUUACUGGUUCUGAUAUAUGACAGUUUGUAUAUUGUGUGAUCUUUCCGAAGACAAUUGUACAUAUUACUGGAUAACUUGUUUAGGGACUACCUGGGGAUUGCAACAUUGCAGAAUACUGCAACUAUUAGACUUUGCUUAACUUGAUGUCUGUGCCUCUUUAGUCACACAUUGUUUACAAGCCUGCUUGAUAAUGACUUACAUGUAUUUUAUAUUCUUUAUGAAAAUAUUCUUUGGGAGCUUUGUCAAGGAUAUAUUUCAGUGACAUCCAUGAUCAUUGCAGGAUUUUGUGUAAUUUGUUUUCACAUAAUUAUCUGAAAUGAUAUAAAACUAUUACUGGUAAUAGCCAGACAGUAUUGUGAUGGCUAGCAUGUGUGUCUGAAACAAGUCGUUGUUUUUGAUUGCUGUAUACAAGGCUUGGAGGAUCUUUCUUAGGAAAGAUUUCAGUAGGGGCCUAUUUUGGGCCUUUGUUGGGCCUAUGUUGGGCCUCUUACACAAGCAUAGGGUUUGUUUCAGUGUUGCUGUUUUACAAUCAGUACUGUUUUCAUUUUCAGUUAUUUCAAUAUGCAGUCAAACUGUAGUGUUAUCCAUGGUAAAAACCUGUUAACAUUUAUGCCAGUGAUGUACAGUACCUGUGGCAGUUUUAAUAAUUUUUUACAAAUAGUCGACAAAAGUUGGAUUUGGGAAAUGUUGAUUACUACAGUGAAAUUCAAUGGAUCAGGAUGAUUCUGUUCCUAUUGAAUCCUACAGAAUUAGAAAAUUCCAGAUAAACAAGUCAUGGGUACGUAUGUGCUCUUAAUUGUAUAUACCAGGUAAAGGUUCGUAAUCAAGGGGAAUAACAUUCUUCGAUUUCUAGUCCACAUGCAGUAGAUACAUCCCUUUGAGAAGCGGGAUGGCGGUAUGGUAGGGUGGGGUGGGUAUGCUCAUUGCUGACUGUACCAACUGAAAAAAUGGAGAUGAUUUAGGUCCAUUUCCAUUGUUGACCAAGCACUUCUUUUAAAGAGACGCAAUCUUUUUUCCUUUUUUAAAAAUAUUAUAUCCAAAGUUUGAUAUUUUAGCCAUUACAAACACCUUUUUGAGAAGAAAAAACGGAAGUGAAUUCUCGUCACUUCAUAUUUAUUAAGACUCAUCCUGUGAUUAAAGGACAGUUAACAUUUAUUUAUCUCUUGCCAGACCACCUGUUAUGUGUUGCCAAAUAAAUAAAGAUAUUGAUAUACA